AAAGGCUGCAUAUUAUUCUUGAUAUUCACUCUACAUAUCAAAACAACUUCACUUCUUAAUCAAGAAUGGCUUCAUCUGCAGAAACUCGUCUACAUCCUAUAGAUGAAGAGCACGAUGAAAACUUUGGAUAUGCCAUGCAACUUGCGUUGGGCUCAGCCUUACCCAUGUCGCUGCAUGCAGCAAUUGAACUUGGAGUAUUUGAGAUUAUAGCCAAAGCAGGUCCAGAGUCCAAGCUCUCUGCUUCUGAAAUUACAGCAGAGAUUCCUGAUGUGCAGAACCCAGAUGCAGCCAUAACGCUGGAUCGUGUCCUUCGACUCUUGGCUAGCCAUAAUGUGCUCGGUUGCUCUCUAAAUGGCUUGGAGAGACUAUACAGUUUAAACCCUGUAUCUAAAUAUUUUGUACCUAACCAAGAUGGUAUCUCAUUAGGUCCCUUCAUGGCCUUGAUUCAAGACAAGGUCUUUUUGGAUAGCUGGACUAAACUGAAAGAUGCUGUGCUUGAAGGAGGGAGUCCAUUUAACAAGUUCCAUGGAACACACUGUUUUGGGUACUCUGGCUUGGACUCAAGAUUCAACCAUGUCUUCAAUACAGCAAUGUUCCACCACACCAAUUUAGUCAUUACAAAAAUCCUAGAGACAUACAAAGGUUUUAAGCAAUUGAAGCAGCUCAUCGAUGUUGGUGGUGGGUUAGGACACACUCUUAAGGCAAUCAUUUCUAAAUAUCCCCAUCUUAAGGGUAUUAAUUUCGACUUGCCUCAUGUUGUCAAAUAUGCCCCGGCUAUUCCUGGUGUGGAACAUGUAGCAGGAGACAUGUUUGAAAGUGUUCCAAAAGGAGAAGCCAUUUUCAUGAAGUGGAUACUUCAUGAUUGGAGUGAUGAACAUUGUUUGAGGUUGCUAAAGAACUGCUAUGAAGCUCUUCCAGAUGAUGGAAAGGUGAUUGUUAUGGACGCUGUUCUUCCAGUUAUGCCGGAAACUGGCAAAGCUGCUAAAGCCAACUUCCAGACUGAUUUGGUUGUAAUGACCGUAUACGAAGGAGGAACAGAACGAACUGAACAUGAAUUCUUGGCAAUGGCAACUGCUGCUGGAUUUCGUGGCAUUAGAUAUGUAUGUUGUGCCUGUAAUUUUUGGAUUAUGGAGUUCUUUAAGUAGAUAUUUCCCUCGUACAUUUGGGAAUCCACUUCUAAUAACUUGGUGAAGCCAAAAUCUAAAGUGGUUUAGGUUGUCAAUCUUAUGAUCUCAGUCAUGCAAAAUAAAAUCGAUGUACUAAAAAGCAGUUAUUUUCCUGUUUCUUAUAAACUAA